UAGUUCGAUGGUUGAGAAUGGUUACGGUGUGAGUCCAUACGUCCAUAAAUGGACACAAAUAGUCCUAAAGUUUAUACUAAUUAGUAAUAUUUGGAUUGUAAAUAGUCAGAGAUAAUGGUGUUGAGUAAAACAGACUCGGAGGCGCCGGCGGCGAAGGAGGUGAUACCCCACGACCAUCUUUUCAAAGUGACCGGCUUGUCGUCGACAAAUCUGGAGAAAUUGGCUCAAGAUGCAGAAGCAGCGGACUUCGAAACUGCGAUCGCCGCGACAGGGUAUGGCAAAUUCAACAUCUGCCUGAUGCUAUGCAUCUUGCCCGCGUUCUGGAGUGCCGUGUCGGUCUCCAGCUCUGUAUCCUACAUCUUCACACAGGCCCAGUGUGACAUGCAGCUCAGUUUACUAGACAUGGGAACACUUAACGCUAUCACUUAUGGAGGUAUGAUCUCAUCUGCGAUGAUUUGGGGCUUUCUGUCGGACACCCUGGGCCGCCGCAGGAUCAUGGUGUGGGGGUUCUUCUGCACCGGCAUAGUGGAGAUGUGCGUCAGCAUGAGCCAGAACUUCAUUAUGCUACUCCUCACCAGAUUCGCCAGCGGUUUCCUUUUCAACGGUCCCUUCGCAGUUCUCAUCUCGUACCAGGCCGAACUCCACCGUGCCGAGUUGAGGGCCAGGGUCAUCCUACUAAGCAGCUUGUUCUACACCAUAGCCAAUACAACGCUGCCGCUGUUAGCUUGGGCUAUACUAACCAAGGACUGGCACUUCUACUUAUUUGGCACUGGCUUUGUAAUUCACGCUUGGAACCUAUUUCUUUUGGCGACGGCGUUAGUUCCCCUAAUCACCGGUCUGGUCUUCCUUUGCAUGCCAGAAAGCCCCAAGUUUUUAAUGUCAAGAGGAAGAAAUGAAGAAGCAAUGCAAAUUUUCAGAAAGAUAUAUGCCAUGAAUACUGGCAAGCCGAUGGAUGACUAUCCUAUAAAAAUCUUGGUAGAAGAAAAGUCAGAGCAACAGGCGCAAGGUCUGGCGGCUCUGCGCGGGGGCUGGUCCCAGCUGGCGCCCCUGUUCCGACCGCCACACCUCAAGUGGCUGCUGCUUGUUUGUAUCAUACACAUGUGCUGCAUGUUUGGAUCGAACACGUUGAGACUCUGGUAUCCUCAACUGGCCGCCAUGAUACAGUCAGACAGUAACGAGGGAUUGUGCGCAGCCAUAGCUCCGGAGGCUGUUCCUGCUCCCGAUAUACUGUGUCAACCAAUAGAGACUGACAUGCUGACAUACCUGCAGAGCGCCGUGGUAGGCGCCGGCUCCGUACUCACUUAUGGAAUUGGAGGUUUACUUAUUAAUAGAUGCGGGAAAAAGUUUGUGAACGGUUUCUGCGGGCUGUUCAGUGCAGCUACAGUGAUCAUGCUGCCGUUCCUGGGCAACGGAGCGUUGUCAGUGCUGGCCAUGAUGACCACUGCGCUUGCGUUCACCGCGCUCGGCGGAGCGGCGCUGUCGAGCAUCUGUGUCGAUCUGUUUCCCACAUCGCACAGGGUGAUGGCAAUGGCGACGUUUCUGAUGUGCGGCAGAAUGGGCACCAUCGGCGGCACCGUCACGUUCCCCGCCCUCAUACAGUACGGCUGUUUCCCACCGUUCAUCACCAUAGCAGCUGUGUUAGCCGCUUACGGGCUGGGCUGCGCAUUGGUCCCGAACACAACUUUAAAAAAAUUAGAAUAACAUUUAGUAUUGAUUGUAAAGCCAAAGAUUUUUGCCUUUUUUUAUCAUAAAUUCUGUUAGUAUUUUCUUAGGUUAUGUAUAUAAUUUCUUUUUUUUUAAUUAUACUUACUCGAGGUUAUAUUUUAUAAGUUGCCUGCAUGUUUUGUACAAAUAAGGAAUAAGUAAAUGAAACGGCUGACAUUUUUAAAAAAUAUUUUCUUUCUUUAUUUAUUUAUAAUUUAUUGUAUCCUAAUCUCAUCCUUCUUUCAGUCAAACUCACAACUCAUACACUUAACCGGCGAAUCAGGGGGACUAUCUAAAUUAUUUAAUUUAUUAUUAUUUUACAUGUCACAUAUUUUCAACAAUGUAUUCGUAUAAAUUAACGAACUAUGGACGGUAUACGAAACCUCACAGUGAGGCAACAUCACUGUAAACAUUUCAACGUUUAAGGUAUUGGAGACAGAAUGGCGCGGAUUCCGGGAUGUCUUCAAAUCUGUAUUUCUAAAUAGACUAUUACAAUCAAAGAAUGGUAGUUAAAAAUUGAUCCCACUUUAAUUUUAAACGACAUGAAAAAUGGCAAUUUUUUUUUACAUUUUUUUUUUGACAGUACACAGACAUCCCGGAAUGUGGUACAAUAUUAAUUUAAAAAUCUAUUUAUGUAAUAUUUUUAUGAUAUUAUAAAAAAGAGCGACAUAAUUAACAAGUUUAAUAAAAAAUAUUGGAAAUAAAACAAAAAAAUAUUUUUUUUAAAUACAACAUCAAUGUACAUUGUCAAAAAUAUGUGUAACAUUUCUUAAGAUUGCUACAUCAGUCUAAUGCAAUGACUAAACAGCAGUUUCGUUAGAUUUUUUUUUUACCAAUUAUACAUAACAAUGUUAACAAACAAAUUAUGCUGGGACUGUACUUUGUGACAGCUUCACGAUACACACCCAUUAUAAAACUAUCCAAUUGUCUGUUAGGCCAGAAUGAUUCUCCCAAAUUUUAUUAAUUAGCUAGAAAAUGUCGAAAAGUUCGCGGAAUGGCGGGGAUGGUGGGGCUUGGUUUACACAUCCAUAGUAGUAGGUAGUCACUUGUUAAGAGUUUACAUUACCAAGUUUGAACCAAAUCAGGUCAUGAGAUUUUAAGUUGUCGACCCGUAAACAAGUGAAUCGGGUAGAAGUCAGCGAGUAUUGGGAAAAUUUAACACCGCACCUUUAUCAAGUUCCUCGCCAAGCAAGGGGGAUCCGUUCAGAAGAUUUUUCAAAAGCAGUUACCAGAGGCGGACUCUGCCCCUGGUGAAACCAUAAUGUCAACCCGCCUCCCCCUCAUACGGCGAACCUUUCGACCACCCCCCCCGUAUAUCAUCUCAAUGGACCGCUUCCUUGACUGGCCUGUCGAUUUUCCUUGAAGUAUACUAGUGGAUUAUGACAAAGCAAGAUUUCUUUAUACAGACUAGAAUGAAGUGUUUUAUUGUCAACUCACUUUGUCUAAACGGUACACUCUUAAAUUCGAGGCUUAUAUAUAA